AACAUGUAAACAAAUUUCGUCGUCAAACAAAAUUCUGUCUAGUACUAGUAGUAGUAACAUUACUUUAUUUUACCAGUAUUAUCUAUCGUUUCUAGCUCCCACAGGAUACGUCUUCUCUAUAUUUUAUUGUUUGCACAUAUUUUUGCGAGGUCUUGCUGCAACCUCUUCACUGCAGUGAGCGAUACAGUAUCUAGACAGACUAUAGAGUAUAGUAUAGCUCCAUUUUGAAGCCGCCUGGACUCGCUCAGAAAAUGAGCGAUCUCGGAGUGAAUGAGCAUCACAUGGAUCAAAUCCUCAGCUACAUGAGGUUUGCGAAAUAUCAACGCGCGCAACGAAUCAAGGCCGUCGACGGGAACUUUGAGGAUCUGAAGGACAGCAGGCUGGUGGAGGACGCCUACACCAGCGAUGAGAUUGCUGAGAUGCUAGCGGGUCUGCAGGCGGUCAUGCGUCCUCCACCAGCCUGCCACGUAGAAUCGACAAAAGCUGACAACCAGGUCCUAGCAACCGACCUGGUCACGACUAAACACAGACUGCUAGAGGUGCAAGAGCAGCUGGAAAUGGCCGAGAAGGAGCUUGAAAGGAAGUUUAGCAAGACAGCAGCGUACGCGAGCAUGAAGAAGAUUCUUGCCAAGAAGAAUGAACAGGUGAAAGACCUACGCAAGGCCCUGUCAAAGUAUGAAACACUUGACGACUUACCCGUGGAGUGAUUAGUAAAAUUCUCGGCCGCCAUGUGGAGCCACAUGCACAUCAGUGAACUAGCUACGGACAUGGCAUAGGACUUCUGCUAGGGUGUUGCUAUCCCCCGGGCGUGGAGGGACAGUCACGCGAUACAGUUGACGUAUACUUCAAAGUCCAA